AUGUCUGAUUUGUUUGAAGAAGAAAAUGAAUCGAUUUUUAAAGCAAAAUCAAAACCAAUAGAAGCUAAGCCAGUUCAAAAACCAGUAACUGUAGCUGCUCCUGAUGGAAAUUUACAAAUCCUUCCAGUAGCUGUUUUUCGAAUUGACCCAAACACUCAACAACCAGCAAGACUUGGAAUGGCAACAAUUCUGUUUUCAAGAAAGAAUACUCUGAUUGCUGCUUUUUUGAUUGCAGGAAACAAACAAGCAAUUGCACAAUUUGUGUGUAACGAAAAUAUAUCAUGGACAUUGCAAAACUCAGUAUAUGUAUACGUCUAUGAUACCAGGAAUAUGCAGUGGCUUCUACAAUUUAGAAAUCCGCAAGAAGCGAUUAAUGCCACUGUCUUAGCACUAUUUCAGAAGACUUCGAAAGAAAAUUUUGUUACUGUAUUUCAGUCACAAGCGAAUGAAACUAAUGAUUUGAAAUUUAAUUUAAUAACUUACGAUUUAUCAAAGAAUGAAGUAAAAAACCCAUCCACCGAAGAAAACGAACAAACAUACAAAUCAAAAUUACCAGAUAAUGCUGUAAAAAAGCCAGGAUCACAAUAUCUUUUCUUAAAAUCUCAAUAUGAAAUUUCAUUUUUAAAUUAUGCAACAGAACAAACACAACAAGAGCAGAAAGUUGAAGAAACAAUGAAUACAGAAACAAAACAACCAGAUAAUGCACAAAAUAUCGAAAAACAACCUGAAAAUCAAAAAGAACCAGAAAUAGAAGAAGAAGAGGUUGAAGAGAUUAUAAUUACAGAUAAUACAACUGUUGCUGAUUUAAUGAAUACGUUUGAUGAGCGAUAUGAAGAGAUAUUAAGAAAAUUAAAUAAUAUACCAACACAUUCAAACAAAAUUACACCUAAAUUGAUGGAUCCCAAUGAAGCAAUUCAGAAAUUAUCAGAAUUAAUACAGAUUUCAGAGCGGAAAGACCAAAAAUUAAAAGAAUUACAGAAAAGAAUUGAUUCUUUCCAAGAAACAGAGUCGAAUCCCUUCUUCAAUGCCAUUUCCCAGCGCCUUGAAGAGCUUGCUGUUAACGAAGCCCGUCAAGAAAACUGGAAUUCGGAUCUUCAAUACGACAAACGCUUCGAAUCCCAAUUAGAGAAGCAGUCUCAGUCCAUAGAUAAAGAAAUAGAGGCAAAGAUCCAACAAAUCCGAGAACAAAGCAGAAAAGAUUUCGAAAUCCAAAACAAAUCUGCCGUAAAUGAGCUGGAAAGCCUCAAAAAGACCAUCACAGCGAAGGAAGAAGAGAAGAAAGAGCUCAUAAACCAGAUAAAAGCUGUUGCACAAGAUUCUGCGUUAGUAAAAGCAGGAGGAAACGCAGAAGUUGAAAAAUUGAAGGCAGAAAUAUCCAAAAGACUUAAGAUUGCUGUAAAUAACUUGGCUUCGGAUACAAUUGAUGUAAUUGAAUCGAAUUUCAAAUCUGACAGAGAAUAUACACAAAAACAGGUCUUCAAAGCUGUAAUGUAUGCACUUCAGAACUCUGCUGAUAAUAUUCUGAAUCCGGAUGGAGAAGAAGAAGAGGAGGAGGAAGAGGAAGAAGAAAAUUAA